CGGGGCGGGGCGGGAGCACUGCAGUGAAAGCCGAGGCAGCAGCAGACAGGCGAGCUGGGGGCGGGCGGACAUCUUGGGAUCCGAGAGUGGCCAGGCCGGCCUUGUGGGGGCUGCUGACUCCAGGUCUGUUCUCAGAGCAAUGGGUCACAGAGACUGAGCUGCCACCAUGAUCGGAGGCUUAUUCAUCUAUAAUCACAAGGGGGAGGUGCUUAUCUCCCGGGUCUACAGAGAUGAUAUCGGGAGGAAUGCUGUGGAUGCCUUUCGGGUCAAUGUCAUUCAUGCACGGCAGCAGGUGCGCAGCCCUGUCACGAACAUCGCUCGCACCAGCUUCUUCCACGUUAAGCGGUCCAACAUCUGGCUGGCCGCAGUCACCAAGCAGAAUGUCAAUGCUGCCAUGGUCUUCGAAUUCCUCUACAAGAUGUGUGAUGUAAUGGCUGCUUACUUUGGCAAGAUCAGCGAGGAGAACAUCAAGAACAAUUUCGUGCUCAUAUAUGAGCUGCUGGAUGAGAUCCUGGACUUUGGCUACCCACAGAACUCAGAGACGGGCGCACUGAAAACCUUCAUCACCCAGCAGGGGAUCAAGAGUCAGCAUCAGACAAAGGAAGAACAGUCCCAGAUCACCAGCCAGGUGACCGGGCAGAUUGGCUGGCGGCGAGAAGGCAUCAAGUAUCGCCGGAAUGAACUCUUCCUAGAUGUUCUGGAGAGUGUGAACCUGCUUAUGUCCCCACAGGGGCAGGUGCUGAGUGCCCAUGUGUCAGGCCGGGUGGUGAUGAAGAGUUACCUGAGUGGCAUGCCUGAGUGCAAGUUUGGAAUGAAUGACAAGAUUGUCAUAGAAAAGCAGGGCAAAGGCACAGCUGAUGAAACAAGCAAGAGUGGUAAGCAGUCGAUCGCCAUUGAUGACUGCACCUUCCACCAAUGUGUGCGACUCAGCAAGUUUGACUCUGAACGGAGCAUCAGCUUCAUUCCUCCUGAUGGAGAGUUUGAACUCAUGAGAUACCGUACUACCAAGGACAUCAUCCUUCCUUUCCGGGUGAUCCCAUUGGUGCGGGAGGUGGGGCGCACCAAACUGGAGGUCAAGGUGGUCAUCAAGUCCAACUUCAAGCCCUCACUUCUGGCCCAGAAGAUUGAGGUGAGGAUCCCGACUCCAUUGAACACAAGCGGGGUACAGGUGAUCUGCAUGAAGGGGAAGGCCAAGUACAAGGCCAGCGAGAACGCCAUUGUAUGGAAGAUCAAGCGCAUGGCAGGCAUGAAGGAGUCACAGAUCAGCGCAGAGAUUGAGCUCCUGCCCACCAAUGAUAAGAAGAAAUGGGCUCGGCCCCCCAUUUCCAUGAACUUUGAGGUGCCAUUCGCGCCUUCUGGCCUCAAGGUGCGCUACUUGAAGGUAUUCGAACCGAAGCUGAACUACAGCGACCAUGAUGUCAUCAAAUGGGUGCGAUACAUUGGCCGCAGUGGCAUUUAUGAAACCCGCUGCUAGCUGCCUAGUUGCAGCUGGCCCACCUCCCUACCCACCAUUUCCUCAGAUCCAAGUACCCCUCGUGACCACUCACCAGUGUCGUUCCUCCCUCCUGCUCUGCUGCCUUCCCUUUCCAAUAGCCCCUGAGUAUAAGUCUGAACCAGCCACACCGCAGUGGAGCUGGUCAGGUAGUGCCUGGCUUCCUGGGAGGGUGGGUUUUGAAGCUUCUCUUCUGUCUGUCCUGGCUUAGCGCCAGGCCCUGAGUUUUGUGACCAAAGCCAGGUGCUCUCCUCUUCUCUCUACCCUUGUGGCCACACCUCUGCAGUGGGAAGGUUGACUCCCCCACCUCAGAGCUUCCCCAAAGGCCAGUAACACAUCCCCAGUCUUUAGUCCCCACUCUGCUUUGGGAUAGUAUGAGCUUCGUUUUUGUACACGUGUGACUUUGUCCAGUUACAAACCCAAUAAACAAUAGAGUGGA